GCGCACGGACGCGAUGGUAUAGUCGGUUGUUGUGGCGGUUUUUAACCCGACGCCGCGCUCGUGAUACCUGCUCGGACGAGCAGAACUGAAAGCAGUUCCUCAAGUGGGCGGGAAGAAUUGUUCCGUUCUUUCGUUUGCCCCUUUUUCUUCUUGCUUUCCCUCAUUUCCCAAGGACACAGCCAGGUGUCUGCUGCUGGAAAGGCCCACCGGGCAUCCGCGACAACAGGGGCUGUGACCUGCUUCCGCGCUGUAUCCUCACGGCAGUCUGACAGGCGUGCGACCCGAAGAGCUGAAUGAGGCUGAUGGAACCCUUGGGUGUUGUCCAGGACAUUGUGAAACCAGCCGCAUUAAAACGAUGGGCCGACUACCCCGUUCAACACCGAUUCACGGAUUACUCCGAGUCGAUUAGAGAAACGGCGCAUCACGCUAUAAGUCCCUUCCUCUGUCAACCGUCGCUUAACAGCAAGCUCGCGUUAUGGACCGGAGAUAUCUCGACGUUGCAAGUGGACGCGGUAGUAAAUCCUACCAACGAGACGAUGGAUGAUAACAGUCCUAUGUGCCAAAGAAUAUUCGACCGAGCUGGUUCUGCACUUAAAGUAGAAAUAUAUAACGAAAUAAAAGAAUGCAGAACCGGUGAAGUAAAAGUAACACAGGGUCACGGAUUACCUGCUCGUUUUAUUAUACAUACUGUUGGACCAGUUUAUAAUGUCAAGUAUCAAACGGCUGCACAGAACACGUUACAUUGUUGCUAUAGAAAUGUCUUACAAAAGGCGAGAGAACUAGGAUUGCGUACCAUUGCCCUACCGAUAAUAAAUUCAGUGCGGAAAAAUUAUCCUCCGGAUGCAGGAGCUCAUAUAGCUCUCAGAACUGUGCGAAGAUUUAUGGAGCAAUAUAGUGAUUCAUUAACGUGUAUUAUAUUUGUACUGGAGUCGUGCGAUCUUGGAAUAUACGAGGUUCUCUUGCCUCUUUAUUUUCCGCGAAAUUUAGCAGAGCAAGAUAACGCUUGCUGGCAAUUACCGAGCGACGUUGGAGGACCGGAUGGAGAACCUUUACUUCCAGAUAGACAAAUCAGAAUAAUUGAUAAUCCUCAACACGCUCUGCACGGCGACGAGACGGUAGAUCUAUCAGCUCAAUUAGAGACUUCGGUGAACAUUGGCGAGCACGCCUUUGCACAGAUGCAAGGUGACUUGGAUCGUCAGAGACUCUUGGGAGAGAGACCCCUUGCUGAUCCACUAGCGGAUAUAAUGCUCAAGCAAAUGCAGCAUAAAGAAAGGUACGAAAGGCUUCUUAGGAGAGCAAAGACGGAGGACCUAACUGAGGUUUCGGGGAUUGGUUGCCUGUACCAGAGUGGUGUAGAUCGACAGGGUCGGCCGGUGGUAGUUUUCGUCGGCAAAUGGUUUCCAGCCACCAAAAUCAAUCUAGAUAAGGCCUUGUUGUACCUGAUACAAUUGCUGGAUCCCAUCGUGAAAGGUGACUACGUUAUCGCGUAUUUCCACACCCUUACAGCCAGCAGCAAUUAUCCCAGUUUACACUGGCUGCGCGAGGUUUACAACGUGCUUCCCUACAAAUACAAGAAGAAUCUAAAACAUUUCUACAUUAUUCAUCCUACCUUUUGGACCAAGAUGAUGACAUGGUGGUUCACGACCUUCAUGGCUCCAGCUAUUAAGCAGAAAGUUCACAAUUUACCCGGAGUAGAGUAUCUCUACGAAGUGAUGCCGCCUGACCAACUUGAGAUCCCAGCGUACAUUACGGAAUACGAUAUGACGGUAAACGGCUUGAGGUAUUACCAGCCGGAUCCAGUCUCAUCGUCGCCGUCAACAUCCACGUAACUCGCAGGUGAAGAUCGAAAUGAGAGCGGCGAUGUACCGGGGACGAAGUCAAAUCGGGUAUUCCGCGCAUUCAUACAGCUGACCAUUCGUAUUCUUGCAGUGACGCCCGCGUGCCGCUCAAGCGUGACAGCCAUACGCGUGAGAUUCGCGAUUACCGGCGUGUCUCGCCGGCUUGCCGCGACGAUACGGCGAAAGGUACAACGUUGCCUGGACACGGUGAUCCGCAUCUUUGAAAAAGUCGUCCGGAUCCGCAGUACUUCGAAGUCGAUUCGUCCAAGUGCCUCGUGAUGGAGCGCUUUCAAGCAGGGAAGCGGGAAGAAAGGACGAUCGGCGGCGCUCACGUGAAUGAAUAAUUACGUUAAUACGAGAAUUUUAAUACACAAGAUCAAGAAACCACUGCCCACCUGUUGCUGUCAACGUUGAUUGAUUGGUUCUUUCUACUCGUGUGCGUAGGACCACGCAUGCUGGGUUUUACAUCUCUCCGAAAGUACGAAGAUGACACUUGGAUUACCGGACAAUCCGCGUUAAAAUAGAGAAAGAUACUGGACCGACCUCGUGGAGUGUUACAAGUACACUAAACUAAACAGCAUAUACCUACCACACAUCCAGUAAUGAAGCUAAUAAAUUACUUACUGUUCGCUUAGAGCGAAUAUCGGCUGCCAAAAUAUCAAUAAUCAGAAAAUAUUUUCAUCAUCGUCGUCAUCGUCAUCGCUCGUAAAGCGGAAUCCGAAAGCUGGUAUUAAUGUCGCCCUUAUACGUAUUAUUGCUAUUCGUGGCAGAUUCUUAGAUUAGUACCUGCCUGUGGGAGCGGUAGAAUGGAUAAAAAUACACAAGUAUCUGACGAUGUUUACUAGAAUUAAACAGCUUCAUACAGAUCGUCAAUCGCUUUUCGUUAUUUUCGUAUCGAUCGUUAUAUACAGUGAAAAGCGUCUAUUUGAGUAUUGUAUAUUGUCAAUAUUUUAUUAAGUCACAUCGUUGAAAAAGAGAGAUUGGUGCUGUGCCGUUGUCGCCGCUACUAUAUAUACAUGCAUAUAUGUAUACACACAUAUCAUAUAUAUAUACGUAUAUAUAGCCGCGGCAUUUUCAAUAUAUUAAUAAGAACUUAUCGGCUACGAAGAGAGAGUGGCUGGACUUUACUGUGAUGUCAUGUCUUCGGGGCAGCAGAUUCGAUUAAUUUUAAAAUGUGUUUGUCUUCUCCGUGGAGACUUCGUAUGAUGAGACUUGCAAGUGUAAAAUUGUGGAGCAACGCUCGCGGAACGUUGACCGUCGAGCGCCAAAGCGUCGUACGAGUACGAGACAGUCCUAGAUUAGAAGAAGCAAUAAACUUAAGAGCUUGCUCGCGAUGUAUUUCGGGAGUCAAAAAUCGUUAUCCCCGUUGUUAAGCAUUUUUAGCGAUUAAAGAAACAAAUUAAAGAAUUAAAGAGAAGAAUUAUCAAGUUGAAGCCUGUUAAUCGCGUCGAUUAGCCCAUUUUCUCACGCCCGCCAAAUCACGAUAAUUAUCCCUGGCGCCCUAACGUAGCGCCCUUUCUCAUCCCCUUCUUUUUAUUUUUCGUCUUUUGUCACGAUGAAAAAAUUAAAAAAAAAACAAACAGAUUUUGUGCUUAAACAUUCCGCGGCCGAACUGAGAAGAAGCAAUGGGUUAAUUGACCAUGCUACCUCCGCCGAAGAUACAAUCGUCCGUGUCGUGGUCGAAUGCAAAAUAAGUGUUUAUACGCAUUGAGAUUUAGACAGUUAUCAAAUUUAAAAAAAAGUGCUACUCGUAACCGUCAUCGUCAUUCGCAGCGACGGAGUAGUAUUUUUUCACGUUACUGUAUCUACAUAUAUAUGUAUGUUUUGCAUAGAGAUUCGAAUGCUGUUCGCGCUGCGAAUAGUCGGAAGAGAAGGAAAUCUCGUACUAUUCGGAGGGGCCAAUAGUAUCAGGCGAUGACAUACGAAUGGGAUAUUUUUCAUUUUUACGUUCAACAUUUGAAUGACCUCACUGUCCGUCCCUGACAAUCGAGUUUAACAAGUAGCGAAGAAUUGCAAAAUAUGUAAACACACGUUGAUUGUUAUUUAUAUAUUUUAUAUUAAUCGUUGUUACUUUACCGUUCGAAAUUUUAUUGAAAGAGGACUCGACGAACCCUAUAUGAUGCAAAUGUGUGCAAGUUAUAUAUGUUAAUCUUUUAAACAAAUUUCAAAAUCGUGAAUUGAGAAUUGCUUUUAAAUUUGACUAUAUAAUUGUUUGCUGUAGUUUGAGAAAUAUACCGUUAUCUUUAGCAAGCUUGUAUACGAUAGACAAGAUUUAUCAUUUAUGUAUGGCGAAAACAAUGAAUAUGGUUUUAAUUUUACUAAACUAUGUAUGUUAAUGUAAAUAUAUAUACAUAUAUUAAUCUAA